GCCAGCUCAGCCAGAAGCCUUGUUCCACCUCUUCACCACUCCCCACCGCUUCUGUCACUUGAGCCAGGGAGGAAAUGUGAAAUGAGACAUCCUGCUCUGAGUGGGGAGGGCGACACCCACACACCACAGUUACAGCCCUGGAAUCUCUUCCAGGACAACAGGUUGUAUCAGACCCCUCCCUGCUGGGGAAUGUACCUGUCACAGUCCAAGUGAAAGGGUUGUGCUUGCUGCAGCCUAUCAGAAGCUGGUAGCUGGCUGAACAGGCCAAGGAAGGAGAGCUGGAAGUUACACCUGUUGCCUGGCAGGCCGUUGCUGUUGGAAGACUUUACCCUUCGGCCAUAUCCCAGGACCUGCCAUGUCAGCCUGAUUCCAAUGGAAGGAGAGUGUGGCACAACCUCAGCUGCCAGCUGGGAACUCAGGCAAAGGCGGAGAGGCGGCUGAAUUGUGCCUCAAGUUGGUGAUUACUUGUCAGCUGUGGAUGAAAUAACUGGGACAAGGAGGGGGCUGGAGGACUCAGUACCAGCCACUCCCCAUGACACUCUGGAGGUGCAUCAGCUCACUACACUGGACACCGCAGAUCAAUUGUCCUGCCCUUCAGCCAUAGUCUUUCCUGGCACUUCCCCUGGCGUGCAGCCCGUAACUCACUAGGGGAUGCAGUGAUGGGCACCCCUGCUGUAUUGGAGCUCUGACAUUCAGUGGCCACAGGGCAUCAGAGGGCAAGAACACAAGCUGCCUGCCUCACAAGGAAAUGCCACAGCCUUCACAGCUGCUGUGGCUUUGACCUCCCCGGCCAGGGACCUGGCGCCAUCUGUGUGAUCAUCGCAGCACAUCCCGCCCAGCCUAGAGGCCCCUCAGGCACCCACCAUGCCUGAGCUGGAGCAGCUCAGUGUGCCCCGGCCCCCUGCGGAUGCUGGCCGUAUUCAGAGGAACAUCCUUGAGGAGCAUGUCGAGCUGUGGUGGUUCAAGGACCCUAAGAAAUCCAUCUUGUGCUAUGGGGUGGCCGUGGUGCUAAUUCUGGCCUGCGGGACAGGGGGCAUUGUCCUCCUCUAUAGCACCAGCAGCCGGUCCGGGGAGUGGCGGCUGGCUGUGGGCACCACGCUCUGCCUCCUGGCCUUGCUAGUGCUGCUGAAGCAGCUGCUGAGUUCUGCUAUCCAGGACAUGAAUUGCAUCCGGAGCCGGAACCAAAUUGAGCUGCUGAAGAGUGGUGGCUUUUCGGACUGUGUGGUGCUGCUGCUUAGCGCUCUGGUUCUGCUGGUCUGUGGCGUGGUCCUCACUGUCCUCUCCACCACGACCAUGCAGCUCAGCCCCUCACGGCCUCUGGCCAGCAUGUUCACCAGUGGAGUCAUCCUCAUGACUGCUGGGGCUGCCAUUCUACUCUGCCUGCUGCUUUACGUGCUCAGCACCUCCUGCUGCCCAGUUGCUCCCAGGAGACUGGGCACAGGUGACAUUAGCAUCUUCACCAUCUCCAGCCGGCUCGCUGUGAACCGCCGGCUCGCCACCACCUCCAGCAUGGCCAACCUGAUCUAAGGCUUGGGCAGAGCCAACAUGCCCUUCAGUAUGGCAAAUGUGCACUAACCCUGGGGCAGGGCAAGCCCAUGCCCGCCACCCUUUCAGCAGGGUCAAGCUAAUCUUAACCUGGGGAAGAGCUGAAAUUUGAGUGUUGCCUUGACCCAACUGCAGUUAUCAUUGAAAGCGGACUGGCAUUUGCACUUUACUCAGGCCAAUCGGCCUGAACUCUGGCAAAGACAAGGCAGUUCCUGAGUUGAUUUGAUUUAACUGGAACUUUACAAGGAGGACACUGGUCCUAUUUUAUUUUUUACCUCAGCAAAGUCUUCUGUGGCAUUUGCUGUCCAUCCCUCUGACACACCGGGAUCCCUGCUCUGAAAGACGAAGAGGAAGUGUGCAUGUCCUGGGCCUGGCCCUGUUGAGAAGCCCUUGCUGCUCUGGGGAGAUCCUGAAGUGUUUGCCGCUAAAAUAAUCUGUUUCUCGUGUAAGAGUCUUGCACUCUACUGGCUGGCAGGGCUAUGACUGCUGAUGGUGGAGGAGUCUCCUACAGCUCUGGGGUAGAGCUGCUCCUUGGGGAUCCAAGUCCUAGCACGGAUUGUUUCCAAACAAGUUGUGCCACUGUGAGUUUGUGCAUGUGUCCCUGAGACACCAAGGCUGCUGGGUGACCUGUCCCAAGCUUCCCUCCAGCAGCUGAGCAUGGAGCCAUGUCCCCACCGCUAGAAGGGUGAGCAGCCUGCUGCGAGCGUUGAUAUCUAACAAAGAGGGGGACAUGGGCCCAAGCACCUUGUUGCCUGCUGGGUGUGAGUGCAGCGCUGUGUGCAUGUGCAUAUCCCUGUGCGUGACUGUGGAGUAGGGUGACCAGAUAGCAAGUGUGAAAAAUCGGGACGGGCUGGGGGGUAAUAGGUGCCUAUAUAAGAAAAAGCCUCAAAAAUCGGGACUGUCCCUAUAAAAUCGGGACAUCUGGUCACCCUACUGUGGGGAGCUGGCACUGGGGAGGGAUCGUGCAUGUAGAUAGCAGUGCAGAUGGGGUGGAUACAUUGAUGUGAGUGGCACAGAUGAGUGCAAGUGCUGGAUAGGUGCAAAAAUGCAUCUGUAUGUGUGAUGUCUUUUUGUGUUUGAGGGGAUGUGUGACCUGUCUGCAAAUUAUAGCUGUGUAGUAAGCACAUGCCCUGACAUGUAUGGCUUGAUUACAGUGAGGUAUAUUUGCAGCCCUUAAGCAGGGUCCUCCCUCCCCCAGCCAUUCUUCAGCUAAAUGAGACAGAUUUAGCUGUCUCAAUUGCUCCCCCAAACUUGUCCCCUCUGCCCUGAUCACUGAUGCUCUUUGAAAUCUCUUCAAUUUGCAGGUACUCUUUGUGGGGGUUGUGGUUCCUGGAACUGAGUGUGGCAUUUCAGGAGCAAUUGUACCAGAGCCAUAUACACAUGUAUAGAGGAGCACUAUUCCCGCUUUACUCUGGAAUGAUACUUCUGGGUACAACCCCAAACCAUGCUGGCUAAUAAUGCCGCGAGCUCAGAAUGAAAACUCCUGUAUCACUCGGCCUCUCCCAGCCACUGAACCACUCUGUGAUGUUCUGCCAGAUUAAUUACUUGCACGUAUCCAGGCAAACUCUCAUUUUGUUAGUCCCUGCCUGAGUCUAAGCGCUGCAAGUCCCUCUCGGUCAUUUCUCCAGCCUGUCUGGGGCUUGCAGUUCUGUCCAGGUUAGGAUCAUCUGCACCUUUUAUUAAGAUGUUGUUUCCUCCCUCUUCUUCAUCACUAAUUAAGACAAGUCCUAAAACUCACCUUUUGCAUGCUCCCACCAGAUGCUGCCUUCCCUUCAUCCACCAAUGUACGUCUGUCAAAAAAAGCAAGCCAUUUUGUUAUUUUUUGUUAGCUUAGCACUCAGAGACCUCAGGUGAGCUUGGGGCCCUGUUGUGCCAAAUGCUGUACAUACUGUAGUGAGACAGUCUGGGCCCAAAGAGCUUAGUCUGCAUAGACACGACAAAGGGCAGGAAGGGAAACAGAGGCUCAGUGCAGCAGUGACUUGCUCAAGGUCACACAGAGCUCAUGACACAGCUGGGAAUAGAAUCUUGGCCAUUUGUCUGGCAAGAUCUGUUAUUUAUAAAAACAUCCACACUGCAGCUCAGCCAUAGCCACAUGUCUCUCUACGCUCUGCUUAUUAUGGUUUGUGCAUGAAUGCAGGUGUGUGCCUGUCUUCCUGCUUGUGCAUGGUUCUACCCAUCGGUAUACCCGUGCAGUUGCACCUGUGGGCAUACGGGUCUGUGUCUCUGCCUUCAUUCACACCUGCAUGAACAUUCAAGUCUGUGCCCCUGCUUGCGGCACCCAAUCUCUCCAUACACCUGUCUGUGAAGAUCCCACUGGAGGUCAGGGGGCCAUAUAACAGUUUUACAUUUCGCAUGUGCACUAAGAACUGAACAGGCCACUCACAAAAGACAGUGAGAAGCUGUUUCCCUGGACACAUCUGACUUGGGGGCAGGCAUCCCUGAGUUAGCAACAGACCCCCUCCUAGGGCAUCAGUGUUACUGUUUCAUUCACUUCGGGUUUUUCCGCCCCUGUGUUGUGUGAACAGAAAGAUAAUAAAGUGGUACUGAAACUGCAUGUUGCAGUCUG